AUGACCAGCGUAAAUCGAAAAUUAAAAUCAACAAUGACUGAUAUUAAAAACAAGAGUUGGGCCGAUAUUUGUGACAGUUCGCAGUCCUCGCAAUCACAGGGAGAUGUUGACUCACCGUUGAAGAACGAUGAUGUAAGCGUGAAAGACGAAGACGAUUUGUACGAUAUGGUUUUUAAACCUAUCAAAAAGGAAGACGUUAAAGUUAACUCUCAAGAUGAUCUUAGUUUAACCUCUUUUAUGAACAAUGUACAUAUGGUGACACCGAUUAAACAAGAGUGCGAUGAUUCUUCUUUGUCCAACACAAACCUUAAUAUCAAUGAAGACACUAUUUGUAGCCCAUUCCCGAUAACUGAGUUCAUAAAAUCACCUUAUAUGAAGCCUGAACAACCGGACCAAAUUUCCAAAGAAGAAAUUCUUAAAAAAGAUUUAUUGCAUGCUAAAAGAAGAUUAACUUCUGAAUGCGAAUCUGUAGUUUCUGUAAUGCCUGAACAAGUUAAGAAAGUAACCAGAACUUCUAUAGAACAUAAAAAUGUACAUGAUUCUGUUAUAAAUCCUCCCAAGUAUGUAUAAUUUUAUUGAAAAUAAUAAAAUCAAACAAUAACAAAAAUAUAAAACAUAUUUAUGUCAUUAUCAUGCUAAAAAUUUAAAAAAACAUGUUUAAAUGAUUUACUUUAUCCACACAUAAUAUUUAUGGAAAAAGUGCCCAAAUGAUAACAUAAAUAGGGUUGAAGUCUGGCUCUUGGGUUUAAAAACAAAAUAUUGAAAAAUCAGUACCAUAUUUUCUCUUCCCCUCCUGUACUUGAUUAAUGUUAUGCAAUCAGAAUAUCCAUUUUUCAUUUUCCUGCAAUAAUAUGUGAGAUUUCCUUUCUCAGAAUUGUUUACACAGGUCUUAUGGCUGCUGCAGUAUGAUUUCAUUAUCAAUACAGCGGUGUCAAAAUAUCGAAAAACAAUAAAUAGAUUAAUGAUUUGUAUAGCCUUAAAUAUCAGUAAGUGGUUAAAAUUUUGAUUUUUGAAUUUUCCGACUACUUUUCGUGGUACUGUAUGGUUUUACAGCUGUAUGAUCACUGUUUUUAUUUACAAUUUUAUGUAAUAGUUUUAUAAUAAGUAGCAAAGAGACCAAUUAUGCAUUGUUUAUUACAUGAUACAUUAUGCAACUUUAUUUUAAUUUAAUAUUCUACAUUAUUUUAUGUAAUGUGAAACAUGAAUGUAUACAUUUUUUUUUUUGAACCCAAGAGCCAGACUUCAAUUGGCCACUAUUGUAGGUGAGAAGUUUGAAAGAUAAGAUAUAGAAUUAAACUUUAUGCAUAUUUGUACGCUACAAUUAAUCAUUGCUAAUAAAAAAUGAUUCUGAGUGGAGUUCGAUUAUACACAGUAUCAGCCUGGUCUAGGCAGCGAUCACUACCUGAACCCCUAUCCAUUUUUUUCUACCAUAGAUACACAGAGUACAUAGGUAUACAUUAUAAUUUAUAAAUAAUUUACACACCAAUAAACAAUUGGAUUUUUUUCAAAUAAACAAGUAAUAGUUGAUAAGAUAAAAUCUUGUAGUUUGGAAAAAUAUUGAUACCUAUAUAAUAACCUCAAACUUCUUCCACCAAAUAUCAACCGUCUGGCAAAGUACAAGUAUAAUAUGUUUCAACAAUAAUCAAAAAUGUUCGGAAAUAAACUGCCUGUUCUCAUAAUAUAGUGACGUAGAUUCCAUGCACUAUUCGAUUUUUACAUUUACGAUAAUUUUCAUAAUAUUAACACUUGUAUAGUAUAAUUUGUCUAAAAGGUAAUUCGACUGGGGAGGUACUUUAAAAAGGUCAUUUUUCGAUUUUCCCAAGAGUUUUCCCAGUAAAUGUGAAAAACCAAGAAAAAACAUAAGAAAAUUGGUACAACGUUAAACAAAUAUUAAAGAAAAUAUAUAAAGCCCAUUUAACUAUUUUAUUAUAAUAUGACAAAUUAGCAUAUGCUGACAAAGCAUCACUAUCAACUGAACUCCGCUCAGAAUCGUUUUUUUUCGUUAGCAAUGGUUUAUCGUUGCUUAGAUAUACAUUAAAUUACCAGUAGCACUAACUGCACUCUUCCCCAUUAUCCUAGGACGUCUUUUUAAUAUUUACUUUUAUACUAAAGUUAAUAUAUACAAAGGUGACAUUUAUUUUAAUUUGUAAUAAAUUACAAUUUGUAUUAACUCUUAAAAAAUAAAAAUUGAAGGGCCCUUAAAAAAAAUCCUGCCUAGUCCCUUCAAUAACCAGGCCGACACUGAUUAUACAUGUUUUGAAAGAUCGCAAUAUUUACAUCAAAAUUUAAUAUAUAUUUUAAAAAAAAUACUAUAUAUAUUUUUUUUUUUUACUUCAAAGUACGACUUAUAAUGAAUCACCUGUUCAAUUUUCAUUUAAUUCUGUAACUUCUAACAAUUUUAUCCAUUGCAAAUAAAAAUUACGGGAACUAUUUUAGUUUAGCUCCCAUACAAUUUUUGGUUUUUUUUCAAAAUGUGUAUUUUUGCGUGUAAUUUUUUUUCCCCUCAAAAGGUUUUAAAAUGCUUAAUCCAUUGGUAUAAUCAAAACUUUACUAUUAUACUUACUUUUAUAGUUUUUAUCUUAACGCAUUAUAGUAUCAUCAAGUAAAUCUAUACAAUGCUAUUUCAUUAAGUUAUAAUUCAUAUUAUUGUUAUAGAACUAAAUUGGGCCUUGAAACAGAUCCGUUAGUUUUACAAAGAAGACAAAAACAAAUUGAUUUUGGUAAAAAUACCAUAGGAUAUGAAAAGUAUCUAGAAGAGAUUCCUAAGUAUGAUUAUUUGUCUUCUAUAAAUGAAAUAUAUUUUUUAUUAUAAGUUAUAAUUUUUUAGAAAUGAACGUCGAAAAGAGCAUCCUAAAACUCCUCCAAAAAAUUUAAAGUACACUCGUAGAGCAUGGGAUGGAUUAGUCAAAAGCUGGCGUGUUAAGUUACAUUGUUGGGAUCCUGAAAAUAAAACUGAAGAUGAUGAUGCCUUGACUACAUGCUCCAGCUCAAAUUUGUACUCAUGCGUUAUUAUUAUUAAUUUAUUUUGCAUGUAUUUCAAUAUUAGUUUCAUAUUUACGUUGACAUGUUUGUUUUAAAAUAAAGGCAUGGAUCAAUGACAAGUCUAGAUUCAAAUUCUCAAGCAUCUGAUUCAAGACCAUUAACACCACUGUCUACUAAAACAUUGUCUGAAACUGUAUCACAGGUGAAUCAUGAAGCAGUUUCUUCUCAUGAUCCAAUUGAGAUUGAAAACAUAAAAACAGAGACUUGA